CUGUCAUUGACGAGGAGCACGUGCAAAAAGUGAAAGCCCAAAGCGAGCAAAAUCAGAUGACAGCCAUGGGACUUAAACAUUCUUUCUUUCUAACAGUUUGAUUCAUGCAAAAAUCUUUGUCUUCUCUCUCACUCUCCUCUUCUUUGCGUUAUAUUCCUUUCUUUACCUUUUGCAGGCAGCAUUGCUCACCAUCACCGUUGUUAACGUUUUGAUGCUCUAGUAGAUAAUAAUAAUACCCAUGGGAGCUCAAAAGAGCAUCCAUGCUGGCAAAGCCAAGAUUGAUGUGAAUGUUGAUUUUACUCACAAGCUAUGUGCUUCUUUGAUGCUUCCUUCUCUAAGGAACACUGGAAGUCCUCUUUCUCUGAUAAUUGGGAGUCUUUGCAUCAAACACCCGAAUUUAUUUGGUGGAAGUGAGAAGCUUGAUGUAUCAUGGGAUAAGGGGCUCUCUGAUUCAAAUGUCUCAAUAACUUAUAGAAGGCCAAGACCUGAGUGGCUUUGUCAAAAAUGUUUUGUUAUUCAGCAUUCCUUUUCACCUGAAAUUGGGGUCCAUGGUACACCAAUCGACAAUUUCUCUCGUUCGGGGAGUGGAGAUGUAAAUUUGUCUCGUUUAUCAGUUGGUUUGGAUCGAAAUGAGCCUGCAAGCUCUGACUGGAGCAGCAGCACCAGUAUCAAAUUUGAGCAUGUCCAACUAGUGAAUGAUGAUGGACGCUCUAUAACCAGGGACAUUGAUGGGUUCCCAGUGACAUGCAGUGGCAGUCCCCAUGACAGUAUGCUAGUUUUGAAGCAAGAGUCUCAGUGCGCAAAGGCAAAUGAUCACAGUUUUUCUCGGUUUAGUAUGCAAAUUGAACAAGGGAUUCCUAUUCUAUCAAAGUGGCUAAUCUUCAACAAGUUCAAAUUUACUGCUACAAAAGGAGUCAAACUUGGACCAGCAUUUUUAUUGGCAAGCCUGACAGGUGGUUCCAUUGUAGGAGACAUGGCUCCUUACCAAGCAUUUGCAAUUGGAGGGCUUGGUAGUGUGCGAGGAUAUGGUGAGGGUGCUGUUGGAUCCGGAAGAUCAUGUCUGGUUGGAAAUAGUGAAUUGACAUUUCCUCUGAGUAAGAUGUUGGAAGGUGCUUUUUUCUUGGACUGUGGAACUGAUCUGGGAUCUGGUCGUCUUGUACCUGGAAAUCCAGCAAUGAGGCAGGGCAAACCAGGAUCCGGAGUUGGGCUUGGAUAUGGCCUUCGGUUCAAGUCUCCAGCUGGUCAUUUUCAGGUUGACUACGCCAUCAAUUCCUUUCAACAAAAAACUGUCUACUUUGGCAUCAGCAACCUCAUCUGAUGAAUUCUGUAAGCCCAGUGGUCGCUUUCUUUUCUGGCUUUCCAAUGGUUUAGAUGAUGAUUAUUGAGAAAAGUUAGCUGUGGAAUAUGGAAUUAGUAGAAGCAUUGACAUUUUCCUGCCGCUAGAAGGAAGUUGUUUCUGUUCUCCAUCAAUGAUAAAGUUGCCCUUAUCUGUAAGUUUUGUCGACUUACAUUUCCAAGCAGUCUAGUCACCUUGCAAGUUACAAAACCAAAGAGUACAUUGCAGGAAAUAUCUAUUUUCUUUUCCUGCUGAAAUUAAAUUUUAGUGGAGAACAGUUCAAUAGAAACAAUGUAGAGUAGAAAUUAAAGUAUAUCCCUAUAGGUUCCUAGUAAUUUUUUUUUUGUUUUUAACCACAGAACUGAUUUCCUUCUCACGUACAAAAAUAAAUAGAAUAGAAUAUGAGACUGCAAAUUCAUGCGUGUAAAUGGAAGUGAUUCUUCAGCAUUGUUUCUGGUAUGGUAUGAAAUAAGUCUGUAGAAAAGGUCAGAUUAAUUGUCUUA